AUGGCCCUCAGCAGGCAAGGAGGGGAGGAGCUGAUCCCUCACAGAAGCGACUCCCGGGAACCGGAACCGAGGUGGCAGCUGAGUCCCACAUUUUCACUGCCCUGGCUCCGCAGCUGUGGAAGGUCAGCCUUCUCCCCCUCCCAGGAUGUGAGCGGGCUGGGGCGGGGAGGAGCUUGCUGGAGUUGGGGAAGCCAGCGGUGUCACUUCGCAGACAUGCAGAGACUGAGAAGAGGCAGCCUGUGGCAAGUGUCAGCGGAAGGAAGGAGGGAGGCUGGGGUCCUCGCAGGGGAGGGUCCAGGAACCUGGGAGCUGGGCUGCAGCCUGUUGGGGGAGGCAUCUGGCACCUGCCCUGGCUUAAUCCCGCCUCUGGACAGUGCUGGAGCUCCUGUGCCCAGCACCUGCCCAGCCAGCCCGUGGGAGGGAAGGUGGGCAUGGCAGCCCCAUGUGAGGGGUCCGGGGAGGGUCUCUGGUCACAGGAUGAAGGAACUCAAAACGGGGGAGAGGCUCAUGGAGGCUGAGGGGACCCCGAGAGGGAAGGACAGCUGGCCCAGCCGGGGGGCUGAGAGUGACAGGCCGCCUCACCGUCCCUACCUGCCUACCCCGGGUGCCCCUGGAGUCUGAAGCCUGACCUCACUGACUGUCGGUGGGUUCCCCAGCCCCUUCCAUGCCCUGGAGCCGCAGGGCUGCUGGAGCUGGCUUAGGAGCAGCCCUCAAGUCACAAGGAGGCAGAAGUGGAGGUGACCGCCCAGCCCAGGGGCCCCAAAGCUCCCAGGCAGCGCUUACCCCUGUUAGCACCGGGUGUCCCAGGGUCCAAGGGAGUGACUGAUGCUGCGGCUGUUUGCCCACUUGCAUGCCCCCCCACACUCUUGCAUGUGUGCAGAUGUGCAACACAUGCAUGCAAAACAUGCACACAUCACACACAGUGCCACGUGUGUGUGAAGGAACACAUCUAUGCACUCAGCACAUGUGCAAGGCAACACGCACCAUCUGUUGGCACCCAGAUAUACACAUGUGCACGCCCACGCACGCACACUAUCCACACACACGCAUUCACACAGGGGCCCUCGGAGGCACACCGACAGGCACCACGCUCGGCAGCAGCCCCAGAAGUACCUCUGUGUUUCUCUGUGGGUGCGCGGGCACCUCCGGAGGCCUGACUCCUUCAACUUGCUGCUGCCUGACACUCUCAGUCCUGUCAUCCUCUUGAGCUGCUUGUUUUGCUCUCUGCACUUGGCGCCCUCUGGAAUGACCUCACCCAUCGGACUGCACUCCUCGUUGGCACUCUGCCUCCUCCCGCGGGGACCUCAUCUGGGUCUGCCAGUAUCCCCAGUCCUAGUCCCAGGCUGGCACGGUGUGGGCACGCGGGGUUUGUGAAUGAACGUCUGAGUGCUGUGAGUGUGUGCAGGGGAGGGACGGUUGCCGGGGAGGUGACGUGGUGGUGGCGCGGGCGCGUGCCAGUGCAGGGUGACCCUGAGGGUGUGCCCAGUGUGGGUGUGUCUGAUUGCGGCCAGGCGGGGCACCCUCAGAGGGGAGGGCUCUCGGAAGCGGAAUGCGACCCCCCAGCCUCUCUCCCCUAGGGGCUGUAAUCCGAUCCCCGGGGACUCCCCCCUAGCCUCCCGCCCUCGCCCUCGGCUGGGCUGCCGACUCCUUCUCUUCCAGAUCCCAGGGCAGAGUCCAGGGCGGCUCAAGGCUCCUCCACACACACCCGCUGAACCCUGAGCGCCCUGAGCUGCCGGGAUGGGGCGGGCUGAGGCCGCCGCCAUGAUCCUGGGCCUGGCCCUGCUCUGGGCAGAGGGGCUGGGGGGUACCACCCCCAGCCCCCCACGCCUUCGGCUCUCCUUCCAAGAGCUCCAGACCCGGCACGGGCUGCGGACCUUCCGGCUGGAGCGGACCUGCUGCUACGAGGCCUUGCUGGUGGAUGAAGAGCGUGGUCGCCUGUUCGUGGGUGCCGAGAACCAUGUGGCCUCCCUGAGCCUGGACAAUAUCAGCAAGCGGGCCAAGAAGGUGGCCUGGCCAGCCCCCGUGGAGUGGCGAGAGGAGUGCAACUGGGCCGGAAAGGACAUUGGCACGGAGUGCAUGAACUUUGUGAAGCUGCUGCAUGCCUACAACCGCACCCACCUGCUGGCCUGUGGCACAGGGGCCUUCCACCCAACCUGUGCGUUUGUGGAUGUGGGCCACCGGCCCGAGGAGCCCACGCUCCGGCUGGACCUGCGAAGACUUGAGGACGGCAAGGGGAAGAGUCCUUACGACCCUAGGCAUCGGGCUGCCUCCGUGCUGGUGGGGGAGGAGCUGUACUCGGGGGUGGCAGCAGACCUCAUGGGCCGGGACUUCACCAUCUUCCGAAGCCUGGGCCAGCGUCCGAGUCUCCGAACAGAGCCACAUGACUCUCGCUGGCUCAACGAGCCCAAAUUUGUGAAGGUCUUUUGGAUCCCGGAGAGCGAGAACCCAGAUGACGACAAAAUCUACUUCUUCUUCCGUGAGUUGGCGGUGGAGGCUGCGCCGGCCCUAGGACGCCUGUCGGUGUCCCGUGUUGGCCAGAUCUGCCGGAACGACGUGGGCGGCCAGCGCAGCCUCGUCAACAAGUGGACGACGUUCCUGAAGGCACGACUGGUGUGCUCGGUGCCUGGUGUCGAGGGUGACACCCACUUCGACCAGCUCCAGGACGUGUUCCUGCUGUCUUCGCGGGAGCGCCGCACCCCACUGCUCUACGCCGCCUUUUCUACGUCCAGCGGCGUCUUCCAGGGCUCAGCCGUGUGUGUGUACAGCAUGGAUGAUGUGCGCCGUGCCUUCCUGGGACCUUUUGCGCACAAAGAGGGGCCCACACACCAGUGGGUGUCCUACCAGGGCCGCGUUCCCUACCCACGGCCGGGCAUGGGUAGGGCUCCAGUGCCUGGGUUGACAUCCAACCCGCAUACCUAUAUCCCGGCUGUGCCCCCUCUCCAGUGCCCCAGCAAGACCUUUGGCACCUUCGGUUCCACCAAGGACUUCCCCGAUGACGUCAUCCAGUUUGCCCGGAACCAUCCUCUCAUGUACAACUCGGUGCUGCCCGUGGGGGGGCGCCCUCUUUUUCUACGAGUGGGCGCCGGAUACACCUUCACCCAAAUCGCGGCCGACCGCGUGGCAGCUGCGGAUGGCCACUAUGACGUCCUCUUCAUUGGCACAGACGUAGGCACAGUGCUGAAGGUGAUCUCCAUGCCCAAGGGCAGCCGACCUAACGCGGAAGGGCUGCUUCUGGAGGAGCUGCACGUGUUCCAGGACGCAGCUGCUGUCACCAGCAUGCAAAUCUCCUCCAAGAGGCACCAGCUGUAUGUAGCCUCGCGGAGCGCUGUGGCGCAGAUCGCGCUGCACCGCUGCGCCGCCCACGGCCGCGCCUGCGCCGAAUGCUGUCUGGCGCGUGACCCUUACUGUGCCUGGGACGGGGCGACGUGCACGCGCUUCCAGCCCAGCGCCAAGAGGCGGUUCAGGAGACAAGACGUAAGGAACGGAGACCCCAGCACGCUGUGCUCCGGAGACUCGUCCCGCCCCGUGCUGUUGGAGCGGAAGGUGUUCGGGGUGGAAGGUGGCAGCGCGCUUCUGGAAUGUGAGCCCCGUUCGCUGCAGGCACGCAUGGAAUGGACCUUCCAGCGCGCAGGCGAGGCGGCCCACACCCAGGUGCAGGCGGAGGAGCGCGCCGACCUCACCGCGCAGGGCCUGCUGCUGCGCGGGCUGCGGCGCGGGGACUCUGGCGUGUACCUGUGCGCCGCCGUCGAGCAGGGCUUUUCGCAGCCGCUGCGGCGAGUGGCGCUGCACGUGCUGAGCGCUGCGCAGGCCGAACGGCUGGCGCGGGCAGAGGAGGUUGCGCCGGCUGCAGCUCUGCCGGGCCCCAAACUCUGGUACCGGGACUUCCUGCAGCUGGUGGAGCCGGGCGGCGGAGGCGGCGCGAACUCCUUGCGCAUGUGCCAGCCCCAACCGCAACCCGCGGCCCACGCCCCGGCCCAGACUGCACGGAGGAAGGGCCGCAACAGGCGGACACACACCUCUGAGGCGCGAGCAGAGCGCGGGCCGCGCAGCGCGGCGCACUGGUGACCUGCGGACCCCGCCACGCUGGGGACCAGGCAGGAGACGAUGGGCGGGAGAGGGGGCGGACAGAGCCGGGGGAGACGGCUGGUUGGGGCCAGGUACGUUGGGGUCCCUGGCUUGUGGAGACGCCGGCUGAUAGCCUUGGCUUAUUUAUUAAUUAACAGGAUAACUCUUGGAUAUAGCGCCUGAGAGGGCAGCCCCGGCCCAGCGCAGGCUCUGGCCGGCAGGAUGGGGGCAGAGAAGCGGGGCUCCAAAGCCACGAGCAGGGCUGGGGAGGUGCCCUAAUGGCCACCUCGGAGAGGGACACCCGUCCGUGGGCAGCGAGCAGGAAGCUGUGAACAGGCUGGGCUCCUGGAGGCAGGCCGACUGUAUUAAAGCAAUGCAAUAAAUACGUUAUCGGUGGCGGCUGGAAUGGCCCCGGCAGACAACCGCUGGCCCUAGACCUUGCUAUGUGGUCUGCGGUGCCUUCCCAGCAGCCUCGGGGCCUGCGUUUCUCCUGUCCAAGGUCGCUGGGUGGGGAUUCACGGCGCUUUCGACGUGACCGAGUGGGUUCUGGGGGAGGUCUGUAGGGGUACCGCCAGGCACAGUGCACGCUGCAUGAUAUACCUGAAGACUCAACGCUGUGAAGGAAAUAAAACCGGGCGAUGUGGAAAAGAA